GUAACUGGAUCCUGGAGCGCUCUGUGGACGGUGUGACCUUUGACCCCUGGCAGUUUUACGCCCUCAGUGACUCGGAGUGUUUGUCUCAUUACAACAUGACGCCGCGACUCGGACCGCCGACCUACAAGAGCGACAACGAGGUCAUCUGCACGUCCUACUACUCCAAACUGGACCCUCUGGAGCACGGAGAGCUCCACACCUCUCUGAUUAAUGGCCGACCUGGUGCCGAUGAUUUGACCUCUGACCUCCUGAACUUCGGAGCAGCUCGUUACAUCAGACUGAGGCUCCAGCGAAUCAGAACACUCAACGCCGACCUGAUGACCCUGAGCGCCCGCGACCCCCGAGACAUCGACCCCAUCGUCAGCCGGAGG